GCCGGGCCCUGGCGGGGCGGGCAGCUGGCUUCCCGCGGUUUGAAGUUACUGCUCGCGAGGGUGUGUGUGUGUGUGUGUGUGUGUGUGGGAGGAGUGUUCCUUAAAGCGCCAGCCUCCGUGUGUCCUUUUGUUCCGCGACCGCAGGGCGGGGUGGCUCAACUUUCCCCGUCUUCUUGUCUGCCCUCCGGAACGGCCAUGAUUUCCCAGUUCUUCAUUCUGUCGUCCAAGGGGGACCCGCUCAUCUACAAAGACUUCCGCGGGGACAGCGGUGGUCGUGAUGUGGCCGAGCUCUUCUACCGGAAGCUGACGGGACUGCCUGGAGGCGAGUCCCCGGUUGUCAUGUAUCACGAUGACCGUCAUUUCAUUCACAUAAGACACAGCGGUCUCUAUUUGGUGGCCACCACCUCAGAAAACGUCUCUCCUUUCAGUCUCCUGGAGCUGCUUUCCCGGUUAGCCACGCUGCUGGGUGACUACUGUGGCUCGCUCAGUGAGGGGACCAUCUCACGCAAUGUGGCUCUCGUCUACGAACUUCUGGAUGAAGUGCUGGAUUAUGGCUAUGUGCAGACUACAUCCACAGAAAUGCUGAGGAACUUCAUCCAAACUGAAGCCGUGGUCAGCAAGCCCUUCAGCCUCUUUGACCUCAGCAGUGUGGGACUGUUUGGGGCGGAGACACAGCAGAGCAGAGUGGCCCCAAGCAGUGCAGCCAGUCGCCCGGUCUUGUCCAGCCGUUCUGACCAGAGCCAGAAGAAUGAAGUGUUUUUAGAUGUUGUGGAGAGGCUGUCUGUGCUGAUUGCGUCUAAUGGCUCAUUGUUGAAGGUGGAUGUCCAAGGAGAGAUCCGGCUCAAGAGCUUCCUUCCCAGCGGUUCUGAGAUGUGCAUUGGCUUGACAGAAGAAUUCUGUGUGGGAAAGUCGGAACUGAGAGGUUAUGGGCCAGGAGUUCGAGUUGAUGAGGUGUCAUUCCACAGCUCUGUCAAUCUAGAUAAGUUUGAGUCUCAUCGGAUCCUCCGCCUGCAGCCACCGCAGGGCGAGCUGACUGUGAUGAGGUACCAACUCUCUGAUGACCUCCCCUCACCACUCCCCUUUCGGCUCUUUCCCUCUAUACAGUGGGACCGGGGCUCAGGCAGACUCCAGGUUUACCUGAAAUUACGAUGUGACCUGCCCCCAAAGAGCCAAGCCCUCAAUGUUCACCUGCAUCUCCCCCUACCUCGUGGGGCAAUCAGCCUGUCCCAGGAACUGAGCAGCCCAGAUCAGAAGGCAGAGCUGGGAGAAGGAGCCCUCCACUGGGACCUGCCCCGGGUACAAGGAGGCUCUCAGCUCUCAGGCCUUUUCCAGAUGGAUGUCCCUGGCUUGCAGGGACCUCCCAGCCAUGGGCCCUCCCCUUCGGCGCCACCCUUGGGCCUGGGUCCUGCCAGCCUCUCCUUUGAACUCCCUCGGCACACAUGCUCCGGCCUCCAGGUUCGGUUCCUCAGACUGUCCUUUAGCACUUGUGGUAGUGCCAACCCUCACAAGUGGGUACGACAUCUGAGCCACAGCAAUGCCUACGUAAUUCGGAUUUGAAGCUCCCCAAACAAGGAUAUGAACAGCAAUCUCAGCACAGUUGAACGGGAAGAAGACAUUUUCUUUCUCGUGACUUUGGAUCUGGACAGGAAGAGUCCCAAGACCAGGAAGGUUCCAUGGACUCACCCCUUCUGCUGUUACGUGACUCAGGGAGGCUCACGAACUUACAAAUCCAACUUUUAUUCUGAGGAACUUACUGUACAGUAUCUAAAAAGAAAAGUCACUAGGGGAAACAGCUUA